AUGGCUGCUCAAGUAUCGUCCUUGUCGGAUGCGGCACCAAAACCCAAGAUCGACCUGUCCAAGAAGCUGUCUGAUCUCCGAUCAAACAACCGCAAGUCCCAUGCCUCCUCCAGAGAGCCAGCGCCAGUGACCCCUCCUCUUCCUUCCCCUCCAGAUCUUUCGCCCCAUGAGUACACGCACCCAGUUCGACGGAUCCUGUCUCCAAAUGACCAUGAAACGUUUGUCUCGUCGCCGACCUAUACUUUACUGCUUGCCUUUGUUUUUGGCCUUUCCGACUCGGUUCGUGGACGGGCCACCACCGACCUUGAGGACAAACCAGCGUCUCCGUCGGUUUCGAAGAUAGUAUCCAUCGUGGAUCUCAUGACCUCCCUUAUUGAUAAACAUCCUUCUAUCGACCAAGGGGGGUCGAGAUUUGGAAACCCCGCUUUCCGUGAUUUGUUUGAUGAUGUCGCCACGCAGAGUAUAACAUGGCACAGAGAAAUACUGGGAUUGCAGGAUGCGGCGGCUAUUGAAGAAGUCUCUACAUAUUUGCUUCACUCUUUGGGCUCGAGAGAUAGACUGGAUUAUGGGUCGGGGCAUGAGUUGAACUUUAUGAUGUGGUUGCUUUGUCUUCGCCAGAUGCAGGUCAUCACUACUUCAGAUUUCCAGAUGGUUGUUUUCCGGGUUUACGUUAGCUACAUGCAUCUGAUGCGACAAAUCCAGACCACCUAUUACCUGGAACCAGCUGGUUCUCACGGUGUCUGGGGUCUCGAUGAUUAUCAUUUCCUACCAUUCCUGUUUGGUGCUGCCCAGCUUGUGGAUCAUCCUUAUGUUACACCGUUGGCAGUUCACAACACAGCCGUCCUAGAUGAGGAAGGAGACAGGUAUAUCUACCUCGACCAAGUGCGGUGGGUGGAUAGCGUCAAGACCGUCAAAGGACUACGGUGGCAUAGCCCUAUGCUUGAUGACAUUUCUGGCGCCAAAAACUGGUUCAAAGUGGAGAGUGGAAUGAAGAAGAUGUUUGUGAAGGAGGUGCUAGGGAAACUACCUAUUAUGCAACAUUUUCUGUUUGGCAGUCUUCUUUCUGCAGUCCCUGGGAUGGGAGAGUCUAACGGGGAGAAUGAACAUGAUAUAGCCCACCACCAUGACCAUGGACAUCCCAACCACGACCACGACAACUUUGGGGGUGACUGCUGCGGAAUCAAGGUGCCGAGCACUAUCGCAGCGGGGGCUGAAAUGCGAAAACGAAUGGGCAACACAGGCCUACGACCGAUUCCGUUUGAUUAA